AUGGAUAUGUUUCCAUCUCAAAACGUGUCCUUUAAACUAAGCUCUUUGUCUUCUGAAGCAAGUGCUUCUUCUGGUAACUCACUCAGUGCUGUCCAUGAUUUUAGUGCCUUGAAGAAUGUAUUUUCCAAUCUUCGUUCUCACACAGAGGCUCAGAAGACUAAGAAAAGAAGAGGCAUUCCUGGAAAUCCUGAUCCAGACGCAGAGGUAAUAGCAUUAUCACCAAAGGCACUUCUUGCGACGAACAGAUUUGUCUGUGAGAUAUGCAACAAAGGGUUUCAGAGAGAUCAGAAUCUGCAGCUUCACAGGAGAGGCCACAAUCUUCCAUGGAAGCUGAAGCAGAAGAACAACAAAGAACAGCAGAGGAAGAAAGUCUAUGUGUGCCCCGAGACAAACUGUGUUCAUCAUCACCCAUCUAGAGCUCUCGGUGAUCUCACAGGGAUCAAGAAACACUUUUGCAGGAAGCAUGGGGAGAAGAAAUGGAAAUGUGAAAAGUGUUCAAAGUUGUAUGCUGUUCAAUCUGAUUGGAAAGCUCACUCUAAGAUCUGUGGUACAAGAGAGUAUAGAUGUGACUGUGGCACUCUUUUCUCGAGGAAAGACAGUUUCAUAACGCACAGAGCGUUUUGUGAUGCGUUAGCAAUAGAAAGUGCAAGAAUCAUCUCAUCUUCUUCCUCCGAUCACACGACAAACCCUAUCCCUAAUUUCCAAGAUCGUCAGUAUAAGUUCAAUAAUUCUACCUCUUCCUUGCUCUUCACGUCACCUCUAUACCUUGACCCACCACAUGCUGCCGCUGCCGCUUCUUCGUCCACCACGGCUGCUCUCUCCGCGACGGCUCUCCUCCAAAAAGUGACCGCUCUCGGCUCCGGCGCUUUCGGCGGCGGAGGACAAACGAGGUCAAUUGGUCAUCACCAACAUUUGACUAAGGCCAACGAGCUUAUUGGUGCAGACCGAGUGAUGAUGACGCCAUCUUCGUCGUCUGAGUACGACCAGCUGGUUGUUGAUGGGUUUACCUCCACGUGGCAGAAAGCUGACCGUUUGACCAGAGACUUUCUUGGACUCACGGGUCAUGGAAUGCACCUUAGCGUGAGACCCGGUCAUAUGCUAGAGUACGCAGGUGGCGUGGCGUUUCCUAUGAUGUCGGCGUACGAUACCGAAUCUCAUCAUCACGAGUCGUCGUCGUUUCAGAAGUCUUACGAUCUGGGAUUCUCUGAGACCCACAAUAUGUAA